GGCUCGAGGCCGGGCGCGGGCUCGCGCGCGCGCGAGCGGUCGGAUCCGUGGACGCAGGAUGCCGCGCUGCCUGGCCGCCGCCCUCGCCGGCGCCCCCGACGGCGCUGCGGCCCUGGACCCCGGGCCGCCUUGGCCCAGCGCCUGCAGCCGAGGGGGGCGCGCUCGCAGGCCGGCGCGGGAGCUGCUCGCGCCGCCUCCGGCGGAGCCCGGCCUGCCGCUGCAGCCCAGGGCCGCGCGCCUCGGCAGCUUCCUCGAGAGCCGGGGGCCCGCCACGAGGAGCAGCUUCCUCCUGGGGAGCCUCCUCGGGGGCGGCGAGAAGGGCUUCGCCGGCGGCGGGGGCCAGUAUCACCCGAGCGCCUGGCGCCACCGGCACAACUACUUCCUGGACAGGGGGAUGAAGUUCAUGGUCAGUUACAGGUCCCCGAUGAUAGGCGGCACGGACCUCUUCGACCCAGAGAAGUUCGGCUGCUAUGAGAAGCGGGGCUCGCAGGGGCCGAAGCUCCUCCGCAGAGCUGAGUUCGGCAAGGAGUGGUGGGUCCACCCCUCCUUCUGGUUCCACAGCAGGUUCCAGCGGAUCGGGGUGCGGCUGCAGGACCUCACCACUGGGGAGCUCAGGUGGGACGCGAUCUACGACAUAGGCAGGGCCCCCCACACGGCGAAGCAGGAGGAGUACGAGGAUGGCUGCCAGCCCGGCACCGGCACCGGGCUCUGCGCGGAGGAGCGCCCAGUGGGCGGGUCCAAGCCAUAUUUCCAGCCCGACUGGCGCCAGCGCC